CCCACCGCCUCCCCGCCCGCGCAUGCGCACAGCGCGCUUUGUUCCCCCUCCCCUCGGCGUGUCUUGUUCCCCCACCAUUUUGUGCCGUGAUCGCAAGGUUCGCUGCUGGGUUGUGCCGCGCGCGCGUUCGGGCUCGAGGCGACACAGCGAAGGGGCCUUGAUGGCGGAGAGUCAAUCAGCGGCCGGACUGGGGGAUUUCACAUCCCUUGGCGGGGCCGCGGCUUUCGGUUCGGAACCUGAAACCCGGCGGCUGAGCGAGCUGCGAGUCAUCGACCUGCGGGCCGAGCUCAAGCGGCGUAACCUGGACAGCGGCGGCAACAAGAGCGUGCUGAUGGAGCGGCUGAGGAAGGCCAUUGAGGAGGAAGGAGGAGAUCCUGACGAAAUUCCCGUGGCCUCAGAGCUGACCACCAAAAGAAUGCCAAAAAGAACUAGUAAAGGAAGAAAACCAGAAGAAGAAGGUGUGGAAGACAAUGGUCUAGAAGAAAACUCUAGAGAUGGACAGGAGGAUAUUGAAGCAAAUCUGGAUACCUUGCAGGAUAUCGACAUGAUGGAUAUCAGUGUAUUAGAUGAAGCUGAAAUAGAUAACAGCAGUGCUGUGGACUGUGGAGAAGAUUAUAGUUCUGACAAUAUUCUCGAUUCUCUGUCUGAUAAUAAAGAUAAUGUUGAAGCAGAAAUGAAAGAGCUUCCUGAUCAGCUAACAGAAAAUGAGGUGGAGCUUGAGUGACUUCAGUUGUGCAUCCUGUUCAGUGGGGGGUGGCCAAACCUUGGAGGUGGGUGAGUGACACCAGUGCCACACCUGAGGUCACGUUUGGGCCACAGCUGUGCAUGUUGCUGGUUCCAACAAUAAGAAAUCUUUAUUUUGCUUUGAUUGACAGCUGCUCUGUGGCUUGUCAGCUCCAAGGUACCACAAAAUUCCCCCUUUUGCAAGGAUUUCAGCAGAGCCUGGCUGUGGUGUCUGCAUCCCAACAGACCAAUCAAACAUAGAAGUCUUGGAGAAAAUCUCCCCUUUCAUGGAACUGAACACAGAGUCAUUGCAACAACACUCACUUCACCUGAAAGGCAAUUUUGUGGGGAUCUACAAAUUAACCUUACGUAACCAAUGAGUUGUGGUUGCAUCUUACUCUUGGCUCUUUAAGGGAGGAAGAUUUUUGGGAUAUGUUUUCCUUUUGGAAAAGUGGAAACCUAAGUCGGCAUUUCUAACUUGUUUCUUUCAUUUAGAAAGUAAAGUUAAAAAGUAGAAAAAUGAAAAAAACAUGUUCAGUAACCACAGAAAUGUGAAAUAAGAUUCUUAACUUUGAAGUAGACA